UGCUUUGGCUCAGUACGUUUUUAGCUUUGGAGUGAUCCGGACGAUACACACUCAGUGGUGCUGUUGUCCCGUGAGGAUCAAUUUCACAUAUUUUUAUUUGCACUAUUUUUAUGUGUUUCGUACAUAUCUGUGUUCUCUGUACUGCUUUGUAGUGAACUACCGUGUUGAACGUUAUAAAUUUGGCGGUAUUUAUUUUAAAAGAGUUUUCUUUUUGUAAAGUGAAGUGAGAUAUAAUGCCAUGAAUAGGUGAUUUAGUGCAAAAAUUUCAAAAAUCAUUAAGCACAGGAACUGUGAUUGUGUAGGGGAGUAAAAUCUCGUUCAUUGAGUAAAAUUUGGUAUUGGCGGCCGUGUAGUGGUGCGAUGUUGUCCGUCCGUUCAUCCCUCUCAUAAGAAAGUGGCAGAGCGUGAGUCGUCGGUGUUGCACUUUGCUGGCUGAACAGAAGAAAGGAGCGAGUUGGGAGAGAAGCAUCAUUGAGAGUAUCAGACCGCCGCAGCUUGUUUGUGUGAGUGCUGGUGUGCGGUUUUUGCCUCAGAGGCGCGCGAGUGUGUGUAGUGUGUAAUUAGUUUUCUUUGCGAAUUCCGCAAAAAAAAGUUUAUUCGCCGAGGGGCAAUAUUGCGGAUUGCGAUCGGGAUUAGGUGAUAAAUUUGUGCAAAAGAAGAAAAACUUAUGCCGGAGUUUGGGUGUAUGCAUCGGUGAAAUACCACCUCCUUAGGUGAGCUGUGUGCGUGCAUAGUUCAGAACUAAUACUCGGCCAGCAGGAAAGGUGAGCGGUAUACUCAAGUUUGCAGACUUAAUUAGAGGAAGCCGGUUCUGGUAGGAAGUCAUUCACAGAUUUGAGCAGUGUGCUCUCGAAUUGGCCACAGUCUGACUAUGUCCGUUAUUGUGUAACUUCCCAAGUCCCACUACAUCUCGGCAAGAACGGAACGCUUACCGGACUUCCGUAUUAACCACUUGAGCCGUACACACAAAUCAUAAGAAAUAUGGCAGUCUUGAAACGGCCAACAUUGCUAAUCAGCUAUGCUGGCUGGUUGCACUUGUUGAUUCUGUGCGGCUGUUACUGGCACGCAUCGAACGCAAACACGGUUCCUUUGGCUGGACCAACCGGCGGAAAUAGCAGCGAAAACCAGCUGCAGUUGCACAAUGAGAGCACUCCCUCCAGCUCGAAUGGCGGCAAACGAACCUGCUCCACCGUGCAUCCCAUCUUCGAGCAGCGAGGCUUCAAUGUGGCAAACUGGCCUGUCGACCCAGUUACAGAUAAACCACUGCGAUACUGUGAAGUGCCGCCCGGAGGCACCUGCUGUACGCAUACCGUCGAGAACAAGCUGGCGGUCCAUGCGAAAACUCUGCUGGAGCGGAACACCAAAGACUCAAUCACGAAGCUGUCCGCGGUGCUGGGCAGCCGGGCACAAAAGUUCAAUGAUUUUUUCAAACAGUUGCUCACAGAAUCAAAGGCUGAAUUUCACGCCAUGUUCAAGCGGACGUACGGCACAAUCUACGAACAGAACGCGUACGUGUUUUCCGAUCUAUUCACCGAACUGGAGCGAUACUACGCCAACGGCAAGGUGGAUCUCGGUGAAGCAAUGGAUUCGUUCUUCAACGUGCUCUACCAAAAGAUGUUCACCGUACUAAACUCGCAGUACACGUUCAACACUAAGUACCUCGGUUGCGUUAGUGAGCACAUGAAGGAGUUGAAACCAUUCGGAGAUGUUCCCGACAAGCUGUCGGUGCAGAUCAAGCGAUCGUUUGUCGCGACACGCACAUUUGCCCAGGCGCUCAACUCGGCUGCUGAUGUCGCCAAAAACAUGGUUAACGUACGGCUAACAGCUGAAUGCACAGCAGCAUUGACAAAAAUGAGCACAUGCAACACUUGUGCAGGCUUCCUGGAGAAACCAUGCUCGGCGUACUGUGUAAACGUGAUGAAGGGUUGUCUGCAGAAUUACCUGGAGCUAGAUGCCGAAUGGGACUCGUUUGUGGCGACGAUGGAACGCGUGUCCGAUCGAUUGCUGGGACCGUUCAACAUCGUGAUGGUGGUCGAGCCAAUCAACAUCAAGAUCUCUGAAGCCAUCAUGAACUUUCAGGAAACUGGCCAGGACAUUUCCAACCGCGUGUUUCAAGGUUGCGGCAAACCAGCGCUAGGUCGCCGACGGAGGGCAACCAAUUUGGCCCCCCUCAUCGAACCGGAACUGUUGCGAAACCGACGCAACGUAGACAAUGCGGCGCAGCGCUCCUCGCAGGAUGACAGUGAUAUUUUCAUCCUCGACGACGAACACGUCCAGAACGAAAAGCAACAGAUAACGAAACGAUCAGCACAGGAUUCGUCUAGUCGCGAACUAAAGUACGAACCGGUCCAAUUCUCCAACGGAGAAAUCCAGUUCACCAACAACAACAGCCCGCCAAACCAGGCCCAGACCGGCGGCAACGCCAACACCAAUCGAAGCAAUAGACGCAAGAACAACCGAAAGCAAACGGACGACGAGGAUGGCAAUCGUGAGCCAAUCGAUAAGCUAGUGAAAGACAUUCGCCAGCGAGUAAAAGACUCGAAACGAUUCUGGUCCAACCUGCCGUACAUGUUGUGUAACAACGAAGAAGUGGCAGCACCUCCCGCCAGCGAUGGCAACUGCUGGAAUGGGAACACCGUCGAUAGAUAUCUGCACGUGAUCGCAUCGGAAACGGAAAAGAACCCAGAGUUCCCAAACCGGGCGGCCAACACCCGACAAAGCGCCAUCGUGCAACAGCAGUUGUACACGUUGCGAACCGCGAUAAGCCAGCUGAGAAAUGCCUACAAUGGCCACGAUGUCGAAUGGUCCGAUCAAGAGGACAGUUACGACGGCAGUGGUUCCGGAGGCGGAAGCGGUUUCGACGAAGAUGACGAUACCGGCUCCGGGUUGGGUCCGUGGGUGGACGAACCAACUGUUCCAGACUCGCCGACAGGCUCGGGAGCGGAGGGCAAGAGUGGCGGCAGCAGUAGUAGCGGCGGAAGUGCUGAAUUUGACUCCACCAGUCACAAAACGGUCACCGUGUUGGUGAGCAGUGUCGGCGGCAGCAGUAGUGGAACCUCGAGCACCACGGGAAGCGGUAGCUCACGAGUGCCCCCAAUGUCAAUAACAAGAGCGUUGCUUCAGUUCUUCUUGCCGCUGGUGAUGGCAUGGUUCGGCGGACUGUUUGCUGAUUUGCUGUGAUUUGAUCAAACCCUAGCUGUGGUGUAUUGUGUAUAUUUUUAUCUGUAUUAGUAUCUAGUUUAUACCGACCCUUUUAAAAAUGUAUGAUAGCCAGAAUGUGAGAUUAGAUCCUGCAGAAUGUGACGCGUAUGGAAAACGCACUUGAAGAAAACCGAAAGAUGUGCAUAUAUUUAUAGGUAGCGUUUUUUUUUAAUUUCCCAAAACAUGUGCUGUACGCGUUGAUAUGUGAUGAAGAUUACGUUGGACAGCUAGAAAAUUUAUGCAGUCAACCUUGGAUACGUAACCGACUUCUGAUAGCUUCUUAGAUUUCCAAAUAAUCUUGCAAUGAGAUUGAAGCUAGAUAGAAACACACGACUGCUUAUCUGCGUCUAUUUUAUUUUAAUCUCAUUGUAUGGAUUCCACUAACAAACCACUCUAACUGUAUGUAGGCGUCCUGAUAAUAAAAAAACAUAUUUUUCGUGUUAUGAAAGUGCAGCAUGUUGUACUCAAUCAUAUUUUUUCAAUAGAGUACCGAUACUUUGUGCCAGGGUUACUUACCUCCAUCCACUAACAAAAGUUUACGUUACAUGGCAGGCAUUUUCUAGCAUUUACAAAAAUCGCCAUUCCUACUUAAAAUUCAUUGUAUUAACAGUUAUCAUCUACUUAAAUGCGAAGGAAGUUUGGGAGAAAUGCGAUUUCAUAAUAUUAUAUAUUUAGGCCUUAUCACAACUCUAGUCAAAUUACAAAUAGAUAGUACCAUCUUCCUUCGUGUAUAUUGCAGAAUCUGUUUCACGGCCGAUGAAUUCCCAACUUAUCUUAUGUACAUUUAUUUCAGUUUCAAUAGUGAACAAUUUUAAACUCAUAAUCUAUACCUUAUUUUUUUAAAGUCUAGCCUGACUGCCCUGGAAACUCAUGAUUUGCCAACAGCCACAAAUAACGCUUUACGUACAGUUAACGAUCCUGUAUAUAUUUGGUUUUAAGAAAUUAGAUAGUACUUAUAUGGAGAAACGGUGAUGUAACAAAAGUAAGAGAACAAAAAAAAGCGAAGAAAACUAGUAUUAUUUAUUAACCCUCUCAGCAAUGGCAAUAUAUUUUAAUUUAUGUAGACGAAAUUUAUGUAUAACUAGCGCUAGAUAUAUCACCGAUGCGAAAAUUUAGUUCGAAACCCGCAAAAAUAAAUCUACUGCCGUGCUCUUUCUAUAAAAGUCUACUCAAAUCUCUUACCCGUUGCUGCAUUUACGUUGAGAGAGGGAUAGUAAAUCGUUGAUCAGUUUGACAAGAUGCGGAGGGAAGGCGAAGGUGUAUUAAAUACAGGGUUUUUAGUAACGUAAGAAACAUCCGAUGAUGUGGAAAUGCGCACAACACAACCAGUAUCCCAGUAUAAGCGAGCGUAUCCUGUGCAUUUAGGGCAAUAUUUGUUGAGGUAGUCGAAACAAAUGGCAGUAGAGAACGGCUAGUACGCAUCACCGGAUAACAUGUUCGAUGAUAAAAUUAAAUAGCGCUUCCUACCACAGUAAACAAUCCAUAAUCCCGAAGUGUAGCAGAAUGUAUUAAAUGUACCUUCCCAAGAAUAAAAGCAUACAAAAAGGGGUGAAUGCUCUUAUGUCCAACGAUUUAAAGCUAUACGAAAAUGUCCAACAGUGAGAUAGAAUGAACCUUUGUAAAUCUGUAACUUAUCGCUGAGAUGGUUCCAGUAUAUGAAUAUUGUAUAUGCGAUUAGGUAUGUAAAAUAUAAUCCAAUUUAUAAUAAA